AUGUCUUCACAGGAGAAGUUUUCCACAGUGGCGCGCAAAGGGGUGAAAAGGGGGGAAAAGGGUGAAUUGGGGCGUCGACUACUGGCUGGCCAAAGGAGUCUAGGCGCCUCUCCAUUAGUAUGCGCGGAAGUGCUGCUCGCUCGAUUGUGGGAGGUAUUGUCGGGGAAGAAUGUCCUCGUUGCCGAGGCUCUGUACCGGCAGAGGCUGCCUUUGCCGUAAGGAGGCACGAAUCCAAGUCAAAUGUAAUCACUUUCGAAUCGGAACACCCAUCGUGCAUUUCGAGUCUACGCCGGUUCUUCGGGCUUCCGGUCGUUCCUCGUGCCCUUCUUCAAAUUUUAAACGUCCACGUUUUCCAUCGAGCUAUUUCUUCUUCCGUGAAUUGUGAAUUUUUUUCCAAAAAUUAAAAAUUAAGAUUGCUUGGUAGGAUUUUUAAACACCUUGUAAUAUUUAAAUCAAAAUUUGUGGGUUACAAUUACAAGAAUUGUAAUUUGGUGUACUCUGUCACUAUAUUAAUAAUAUAUUAGCUCAGGUUCAACAUAGUAAUUCAGGUUAUUUCAUACCUUUGCCGGCCGUAAAAUUCAGUGUCCUUUUAUUUCAUUGCAGUUGUUUUUCUCUUAAUAUAAUAAUUCCCAGAAUUCAUAA